ACGUGAUCCCGGAACACGGCCUUCAGUGGCAUCCUCGUUAUUUACUAAUCUUUUCGUGGCCAAAUUCCUAACCUCCCCGUAUUUAGUUCACCUUCCCCAACCCACCUUGUCAUUUAACUACUCCCACUUGAUCACAAAAAAAACCGCCAAAUCCCGGUUCGCUUUCGUACACACUUUUUGCUUAUAGAGACAAUUCUUCUACUCUUUCUUAUCAAGAGCAGUUACCAUCUGUUAAGCUUUCCCGGCUUUGUUGCAGUAGUACUGUUGAGGGAGCUUCGGAAAAUGACGUUGGGAACGAGAAUGCCGACGUGGAAGGAGAGAGAGAAUAAUAAGAGAAGAGAGAGGAGACGAAGAGCGAUCGCCGCCAAGAUCUACGCCGGACUCAGAAUGUACGGAAAUUACAAGCUCCCUAAGCACUGCGACAAUAAUGAAGUCCUUAAAGCUCUCUGCAACGAGGCCGGUUGGACAGUUGAAGAAGACGGCACCACUUACAGAAAGGGCUGCAAACCUGUCGAACGUAUGGACAUUAUGGGAGGGUCUGCGUCAGCAAGUCCGUGCUCAUCAUAUCACCCAAGUCCAUGUGCGUCUUAUAAUCCAAGUCCUGGAUCAUCUUCUUUCCCUAGUCCUGUUUCAUCCCAUUACACUGCCAACACUAAUGGUAAUGUUGAUGCCCAUUCCCUCAUCCCAUGGCUUAAAAACCUCUCAUCUGGCUCAUCAUCAGCCUCAUCCAAGCACCCUCACCAUCUUUUCAUUCACAGUGGUUCCAUAAGUGCUCCAGUCACCCCUCCAUUAAGCUCCCCAACUGCCCGAACUCCGCGCACCAAAAAUGACUGGGAUGACCCGGCUGUUGGUCCGUCCUGGGCAGGUAAGAAUUAUCCGUUCCUGCCCUUAUCUAUGCCAUCAUCUACCCCACCAAGUCCUGGCCGUCAGAUCAUGCCUGAUUCAGGAUGGCUAGCUGGCAUUGAAAUUCCCCAAAGUGAACCAUCAUCACCCACAUUUAGCCUUGUGUCGCGGAACCCAUUUGGCUUUAGAGAUGAGCCUAUGUCAGGUAACGGAUCACUAAUGUGGACUCCUGGGCAAAGCGGGACAUGCUCUCCUGCUGUUCCUGCAGGUGUUGACCAGACAGCAGAUGUUCCAAUGCCAGAAAGUUUGGCAGGUGAGUUUGCAUUUGGAAGUCACACAACAUGGUUAGUGAAACCCUGGGAAGGAGAAAGGAUCCAUGAGGAAUGUGUAUCUGAGGAUCUUGAGCUUACACUUGGAAACUCUAGGACCAGGUAGGAGAGGACUGAUAGAAAGGGUGAGAAUUCAAUUAUCCUUGGAUCUCUUGAUUUGGCUUCUUUCUUUCCUUUAUGCCUUUGUGUCAAUGACUUUAUUGUGCAUGCUUCAGUUGGUAGGGAGCUGAGAUAGAAGUACAGUGAGUAGAAGUACCGGUUCCUUUAUUUUUUCUUUAGUUUUUAUUUAUUUCUUUUUUCAACAGAAGAGAGAACUGAUAAUAAAUUAUAAAUAGUUCGUGGUGGUGGUGGUGACUUCGCCUCUUCAGUUCAAUUUAUUCUUCCUUUUUUUUUUUUUUUUUUUUUUUUUGGGAAGAGAAGUUCCCAUUGCGACUUUGAUAUGUGUCUGGUGUGAUUAUUUGCCAUUGAAAAGGAACCUUGAAUUUCUGAUCAACUGAUUGGUUCUAAUCAUAUUCUUGUAUCUUUCUUUA